AUGGCUGCAGAGAUAUUUGUAGCUAACAUUGCAGAAAAAGUCCUGAAGAAGCUAGAGUCCCAGGUUUCCAAAGAAGCUUGCCUGCUAUGGGGUGUUGAAAGCGAUUGGAAAGGACUAAAAAACACUCUAUCCACCGUCAAAGCUGUGCUCUUUGAUGCAGAAAAGAAGCAGGGUCAUAACCAGGAGCUGACUGUCUGGCUUGGGAAGCUUAAAGAGGUCUUUUUAGACGCUCAAGAUGUCCUUGAUGAAUUCGAAUGUGAAGAACUGCGGAGCCAAGUUGUGGAAAAACAAGGGAGUAUAGCCAUGAAGGUACGUCAUUUCCUUUCUUGCUCAAAUCCACUGCUAUUCCGAAUCAACAUGGGUCAUAAAAUCAAAGACAUUAGAACACGGUUAGAUGACAUUGCAGCCGAUAAGGCUAAGUUUCAUCUAAGCGAACUAGCAGAAAAUAUGCAUGUGGUGCGUGGGAGGGAGAUGACCCACUCCUUUGUCCAUCCUUUAGAAGUUAUAGGAAGAGAACAUGACAAGGAAAACAUUGUUAAACAUCUAAUGAAUGUUGUUGAUGGUCAAAAUGUCCUUGUUAUUCCUAUAGUUGGCAUUGGAGGUCUUGGCAAGACUGUGCUAGCAAAACUAGUAUUCAAUGAUGCAAGAGUGGUGGAACAUUUUGAGUUAAAAUUUUGGGUUUGUGUCUCAGAUGAUUUCAUUUUAAAACAACUACUGGUAAAAAUAUUAAGAUCAAUAGCUGAUGAAAAUUGGAAUGAUUUGGACGAAGAGCAACUGCAAAAGCAUCUUCGAAAUGUUUUGGAUGGCAGAAAAUUCUUGCUUGUCUUGGAUGACGUAUGGAACAAGGAUAGAAAUAAAUGGAUUGAGUUGAGGAAUUUGUUGAUGGGGGGUGCCAAUGGAAGCAAGAUCCUUGUGACUACACGCAGCCCAAGUGUUGCUUCUAUGAUGGGCACCAUGCCCUCGUACAACUUGAAAGGUCUUCCACAUAAUGAGUGUAUGUCUUUAUUUGUAAAAUGGGCAUUAGAAGACAGAGAAGAGAGGCAACAUGCAAACUUAGUGGAAAUUGGGGAUGAGAUUGUGAAGAAAUGUAAAGGAGUUCCGCUGGCAGUGAAAUCAUUAGGAAGCCUACUAUAUUCAAAGCUUGAUGAAAAGGAUUGGAAAUUGGUAAAGGAUAAUGAAAUGUGGAAAUUGGAAAGAAAGGAAGGUGAUAUUUUGUCGGCCUUGCAAUUGAGUUACAAUCUAAUGCCACCUUACUUGAAAGAAUGUUUUGCCUAUUGUUCACUUUAUCCAAAAGAUCAUAAAUACCUUAGUAUGGAAUUGAUUCAGCUUUGGAUGGCACAUGACUUGAUUCAAAAAUCACCAAUUGAAAAUCAAGAGCUAGAAGAUAUUGGCAAUCAAUACAUAGAAGAGCUCUACUCAAGAUCUUUCCUUGAAGAUUAUAAAGAUUUUGGCUCCUUAUGA